GCAAACGCUCACUCAAUUGACACUACUCCAUUCAAGGCUCAAUUCUGAACAUACAUCAGAUAACCUUCAAUAUCAACAACAUGCCUCCUCGACCAGUGAGACUUUCAACAUCUUCCCUCAGAACCCGGGGAUUUCGCCCUGUCCGCGCAGGGAUACCUCUCCGCUCCAUUUCUGUCAUUAUCUCGCAGACGCCGAAGCCCAAUUUCCUUUCAACGCCUCUUGUCACUUCAUUUAGAAGCACUGCCAUUACCUCUCAUCGACAAUUCUCCUCAACACCUCUUUCGUCCGCUCCCGCAAGUUCCACUUCCGGCAGAUCCCAAGCGGACCUCAUCGUUGAAGAACUACAAGAGCUCUACGAAGAAGCAACCGACGAAUUCGAAAUUGCCACCGAAUCCACCGAUUCAUCCACCAUAUACGCUGCCUCAGACCGCGAGUCCGCUCGCGACGCCCUAAAUAACCUCAUUGUCGCCUACGAGCUGUACACAUCUCCGAGCUUGGCGGCUGAGAAAAAGGAUGAGCAAGGACAGGAUCAAGGGCAGCAGCAAGAGCAAGAAGACGAGGGAAGGCUCGUAAAGCUGGAGUUUGAUCCUGCCGAGUUGAGUGAAGAGGUUAGGGAGGAGGUGAGGAAGAGGGUUGGGCAGAGGGUUAGGGAACUGAAGAGUGCAGUUGAGGCGUUGGAGGGGAGGGCUCAUGAUUGAUUG